AUGAAAAGUUACUCACUUCUAUGCAGUUGGCUUUAUUAUAGUAAAUGGGUUGCAGCAAUAUGUACAUUGAUAUCGACAUGGCUUUUCUAUUCACUCAGCAGGAAAAGCGAAAAUGUAGCAAGAUAUGACGUGGGAGUCCCGAGUUUGCCAGCCGACAAAGUGAUCGCAGAGAACUCCUUCAAAAAGGAAGAGUGUUCUACUGAAAUUCCAUGUUAUGCCCCUGCUACAGGAGCUUUUCUAGGGCUUAUCAGGCCGCAAACUAAUGAGGACAUAGACCUUGCCAUAUUAGAGUCUCAAAAAGCUCAGAACUCUUGGGCCCAAACAACUUUCAAGCAAAGGAAACAGGUCUUACAGUCCAUCGAAACCUAUGUCUUAGAACAUCAGGAAGAGAUCAGCCGGAUUGCAUGCCUAGACUCUGGAAAGACAAUGAUUGAUGCCACGCUCGGAGAAAUACUUGUAACUGUGGAGAAAUUAAGGUGGACACAUCUACAUGGCGAGAAGGCUCUGCGCCCGUCGAAGCGACCUACCAACCUACUUAUGGCCUACAAAAAUAACUACGUUAUCUACGAACCUCUUGGAGUAGUGGCGGCUUUAAUUUCGUGGAACUAUCCCUUCCACAACUUGAUUGGGCCGAUAAUUUCAGCUAUAUUCGCCGGAAAUGGUAUUAUCGUCAAAGCAUCGGAACACACGGCAUGGAGUGCAGCAUAUUUUACGCAAAUCGUCAAGGGAGCACUUCAAGUGUGUGGUCACUGUCCGAACCUGGUACAGACAGUCGUUACUUGGCCACAUACUGCAAAUUAUCUCACAUCACAUCCAGGCAUAAGCCAUGUCACAUUUAUCGGAAGUCGCCCAGUUGCUAAGCUGGUAGCAGCUUCAGCUGCAAAAUCACUUACUCCCAUAAUAGCCGAACUUGGAGGAAAAGAUGCAGCCAUUAUUCUUGACUCAGCUAAAACUGAUUUGCCUCGGAUUAUUGAAAUCAUUCUCCGUGGCACAUUUCAAGCAGCCGGUCAAAAUUGCAUUGGCAUUGAAAGAUGCAUCGCUUGUCCGAAUGUGUACAAUGAGCUAACUUCAGCCCUUGAGGUACGCAUCAAGGCUAUCCGUGUCGGCUCUACACUGGACGCCUCAAAAAAUUACCAGGUUGACAUGGGUGCCAUGAUAUCUGAUGUUUCCUUUGAGCGGUUAGAAAAGCUUAUUGAAGCGGCCGUCAAUGAUGGUGCUCGUUUAUUGGUUGGCGGGCAUCGCUUUCGCCACCCGCUACACACUAACGGGAAAUAUUUUGAGCCUACCCUUAUCGUUGAUGUCACCCCCAAUAUGGCUAUUUCCAAUGAAGAAUGUUUCGGUCCUAUUUGUGUUGUUAUGCGCGCCAGAGACGUAGAAGAAGCCUGCAACUACGCUAACCAACCCAGUUUCGGUCUCGGAGCAUCUGUAUUCGGCGCUGAAGGUGUUGAAGUAGAUACGGUAGUCCGCAAGAUUAAGAGUGGUAUGGUCGCUGUUAAUGAUUUUGCGGCGUACUACGCUGUACAAUUACCUUUCGGAGGUGUGGCAAAGAGUGGAUAUGGUCGAUUCGCCGGUAAAGAAGGAUUAAGAGGCUUAUGCAACCUUAAGGCUGUGUGUCGGGACCGGUGGGGCUGGCUUGGAAUUCGCACCAGUAUUCCAAAUUCGAUCCGAUAUCCUGUCUAUGACACAGACAAGGGAUAUAAGUUUAUAAAAGCAGUUGUAAUGAUGGGAUAUGGAGUUAACCUAGGAGAAAAAUUUAGUGCACUCUGGGAGCUGUGGAAAAAUUGUUGA